AUGAAGUUUAACUCUGGUUUUGGCUAUGACAACAAAGCUAAAAAGUUCACGGCCCCGGAUGAAGUUUGGGAUGCAUACUGUCAGGCUCACCCAAAAGAUGCAUACUUGCGCCAUGGGACUUGUCCGGAUUAUGAAGACUUGGAAAUGGCUGUUGGAAACGGUGUGGCGGUAGGGAAAAACUCAAUUGGAUUGGGUAGUGCUACUGAUGCUAGGACACUAGGAGCUGAUGAAAAUAGAGUUCCGCACAUAGAGGAGUUGAAUUAUGAUGCUGAAAAUGAAGCGUUUAGAAGAGCUCCCGCCAAAAGAAGUAGAGGCCAAUUUGAGAUAAAUUCUGGUCACACUGAAAAUAGUUCGCAUCAGGAAUUCAUGGCAGAAAUCAAAAAAAUCACUACCACAAUAGAAGGAGUUCAAAGCCUCUUGGUGAAACGAGAUACUAUGCUAGAGAAGAAAGAAAGGGAAAAAACUUAUACAACUUGGGAUGCUAUCAAAGAAAUCCCAGAUUUGACUGAAGACGUCCGCACCAAAGCAUUUGACUUGCUUGAUACCAAGUCCAAAAAAGAUGGAUUUUUGAGAAUGACUGUUGAUGAACGUAAAAGAUGGAUAACUUACAAGAUUAGAGAGAUUAGGGAAUAG